GCCGAGUGACAGCGGCUUCCCAUGUUCCCUCAAAAUAGCAGGCUCAUGUGCCCUUCUCUCGCCCGGAAGUGGAAAUUCCAGAAUCUCUUCGCAGAAUAAGAGCGGCGUGCGAGACGCGCCCUUGCCGUCCUUGCCUCCUUGUCCCCGCAUCGAAAACGACAUUUCAAUAUCCUUCGUGAUAUACCUAUCUUCGCUUCUGCUACUGCAAUGUCGAACAUGCAAGCCUCCACCCUCUUCGACUUGACGGACCGCGUCGCACUCGUCACUGGCGGCGGCACAGGCAUUGGGCUCAUGAUAGCGCAAGGCCUAGCUGCGAACGGCGCCAAAGUCUACAUCACCGGUCGCCGGGGGCAUGUCUUGACCAAGAGUGCCCAAGCCUUCGAAGGAAAGGGCCAGCUCGUCCCGUUGGUCAUGGACGUAAACGACAAGGCCAGCAUCCUCGCCGCCAAAGAGACGGUCUCCUCUAACGAUGGUUACCUCGACAUUCUUGUCAACAACGCUGGUCAGGAUGACCCGGGCUCAGUCUGGAUGAGCGACGAAUCGAACGUCAAGAACAAGGAACCGGAAGCUUUCGGUUCGGGGCUCUUCGACGAAAAGCAGGAGGAUUGGUCAAACAUAUUCAGCAUCAACGGGUACUCCUGCUUCUUCGUGACGAGCGCGUUCUUAGGGCUGCUGGCGAAGGGCGCUGAAAGACACGGCGCGUACUCAGCGAACGUGAUCAACGUGACCAGCGUUUGUGCCUCAAUUAAGGUGGCCAUGAACCAUUUUGGAUAUAACUCCGCUAAAGCUGCCGCCACCCAUAUCACCCACAUGUUCGCCACAGAACUGGCGCGUCGCAAGAUUCCUGUACGCGUGAAUACACUCGCGCCUGGGCUCUUCGAGUCGGAGAUGACUGCGGAGAAGCUGGCGGAGAACGGGAUAGAAGGUGUUACACUCGGAGUGCAGCCGUUGCCUCACGCGCGGGUCGGAGGAGCGAAUGAGAUGGCUGGUACCGCGCUUUGGAUGGCUUCCCCGGCCGGAGGAUAUCUCAAUGGGCAGGAGAUCAUGAUAGACGGUGGGUAUACGACAGUGAACCCAUCGAGGUCUUGACUGUAUGGGCUGCGCGAGAAUGCUGUAUUUUGCCACGCGCCUUGGCACCUUGAAGAAAUAUUUGUAUGUAGACUACCUUCAACGAUCAACAGCUAGAUAAUAUCAGAAUCAUUAAUUGCUGAGACCGAA